GAACGCCACCCCCGUUUUCCUGCAGUUUUUUCCAUUUUCAGGGAAAUGGGCAUAGGGUCCUACAGGAAGUGGACAUCUUGUGAGGGAGGGGCCCCGCGGGUCCCCAGCAAAUUACAAAGAUGAUUGGAUCUCAGCUACUCCUGGCCUGUCCUUGCCUAUCCACAUAUUUCCAGAAGUCCACAAGUGUUUUUUUGUUUGUAUGUUUUUUCUCGUUUUCCUCAAUAACUGACCAGCUUAUGUCUGGUGAGUACCACGAUGGAGCUAAGCUCUGCUGGCUUUGGCCGCCUAAUGCUUGCUCUCUUUGUCUCUAUGGUAUUACGUUUCAUAAGGACGGUUUCCCACCGCACUCCACAACCAGAAACGACUAAGGAGCAACAACCAGAUAGGCCUCUGCACAAGCAGAGCUGUACAGGCAGUGGGGAGGCCGUUGGGACUGGGUGCCCACCGUGAGGCUGUGACCGUCACCAUGUGGCAGCCGUGGCACUUCGCCCAUCAGCUGACGGAAGCACGACCGCAUUUAGCGCACAAAUGAUCAUCUAGGAGGGUCCGAGUAUAAGGAGGUUGUGGACUGUUUGGAUAUCAAAUCCUUCGUCGUCCAGUUGGCGGCCCAAGGAGCCACGCCGUUCCCUUUAAGAUGGGGCUGCUCCAGCAGUAACAGGCUUUAGUUAAUGCCCAGGACCACAUUUUCCCAAAAGGCCCAUAAAUGGGCCUUCGUUCCCAGGCUAGCCCACCACUGGACUCUGGUAGAGAAAGGAACUUAACACCCAUUGGCUUUGCUGAUUGUAAUUCCUGCUCCACACCCCAGCUGCUCACUUCAGGUUAGAGGGUGGUGGGGAGCAUUGCAUCCCCUUGGACCAGUCAUCGCAGGCAGGCCCAGCCAGGAAAAGCUAGAAUUACUUGCAUAUUUAUUCAACAACCUUUUAUCUGAUUGAAUGCAGGCUCUGUAAUCAGACAGCCUGGGUUCAAACCCUGGUUCUGCCACUAACUAGCUGUGUGACCUUAGGCAAAUUACUUAAUCUCUCUGGGCCUUGGUUUUUCUCAUCUAUAAAAUGGGAAUACUAAUAGUACCUACCUCGUGGGGCAGUUGUGACGAUGGAACCAAUUAGCGUAUAUCAAGAGCCUAGGACACUCUCUGGCACAGAGAAGCACCUGAUAAAUGUUAGCAGUUUUUAUUCCUAUGUGCCAGGCUCUGUGCUUGGCCCAGGAGAUGCCACGGUGAACAAAACAGACAUGGUUUUCUCCUGGGGCUUCCGGGGAAAUAGACAUUUAUUAGAUAAUCCCAUGUACGUUGGAGAGGGGCACAGGGUUCUGAGAUUGCAGAAUGGGGCAGGGUGGGCAGGAUAGGCUUUUUCUGAGGAGGGGGCACAUGAACUGGGUCUGAAGAGUGGGGAGGGGUUACCCAGGUGAUGACCAGUAAAGACUGCUCCAGGCAGAAGGAACUGCGCAUGCAAAGACCCUGUGUCAGGGGGAAACAUAAAAGGAGCUAGAAGAGAGCCGGAGCAGAGAACAAGGGGGCAUGUGAAUGAGAUGAGGCCAGGGGUGAGGGGGGUGGUUAAGCAUUGCCAGCCAUGCUGGUGAUUUGAGUCUUUAUUCUAAAAACAAUGGGGAGCCAUUGAAACCUGCAUAGGGAGAGAGUUCCUGCACUUGGAGCAAAGAAGGGGCUUCUGCUCUUAUUCAUUGAGGAAUGGCAUCCUGAAACCUAUGGCAGGUUUUGCUCUUGAGUUUUAGGGUAAAUGGACUCAGGGAGUCAAAGAGGUGAGGCAAUUGGCCUCUGCGUAUAUUGGCAGCCCUACCUGUUUACUCUCAGGCCUUAACUGAGUCCUUCCAUUGUUUUGCACUAAGCAUUCAAAUCUCCAUUUUCCAGAUGAGCCAACCUCAGAGAGCUCAAGUGAAUUCCCUAAAGCCACACACAGAAAAUGUGAAGCAAGGACCCAAUUCUCCUGAUUCUUAGGGCUGUGUUUUCUACCUGGCUGCAUUCAGUGGCCCUACCUGGUAGCUUUUGGCCUGACCACUAACCUGAAGGCCCCAAGAGGACAAGGACAGUGUGUGUCCUGCUUGUGGCUUAUCCCAGUGCCCGGCUCUUGUCAGGGCUCAAUAAAUGUGCCCUGCACUGAGAAAGCCAGCAGUGUAGUCUUAAGGGGACCAGUGUUUCUUUCUGCCCAUCAGUGGGGACCAGGUGGGUCCCUUUUCCAAUCUGGUUCUCCUCAUAGCCAGUGACUCCCAUUUUUCUAGGCCAGGGGUCAGCAAACUGCAGCCUGUGGGACAAAUUCACCUGUUUUUGUAAAUGAAUUCCACCUGUGUUUGUAAAUAAAAUUUUGUUGGGACACAGCCAUGCUCAUUCAUUUACAUAUGGACCACGGCUGUUUCCAUGUUACAACUGCAGACUUGAAUAGUUAUUGACAGAGCCACAAAACUGAAAAGAUUUGCUCUCUGGCCCUUUACAGAAAAAGCUCCCUGAUUCUAUUCUAGGGAAUGCAUUGUUCUCUUGAGAGUUUAGUCUGUGAUAUGAGCAGGUUCCUAAACCCCUCCAGAGAAUCUUCCACGGAGAUCUUCCGUAGUCAGGCUGAGGAGCAUUUGGAGAAGUGAUAUCGUUGGUCCCAUCGCUGUGGCCGGGGGGCAUUGGGAAACCAUGGCUGGCAGCCCCGAAAAACACAAGCUUAGGGGGUGGGAGGAGCUGUCCCCCAAAGACCCCAUAAGGAUAGAAACAGACAAAAGCAGCAGAUUGUCUAGCCAUCCUGAAAUGUAGGGUGUCUGUAAAGUCCUCGUAGAAUUUAAAAUCUGUUUCCUGAUAAUAAAGCUGACAUAUACAUCAUUAUAUACAUUUUUCUAUUUAAAAUUAUAGAAAAGGAAAAUAGGAAGGGCCACUGUCAUGCUUACAGGGCACUGUAAGCUUUUUUUUCAGUCCAUCCUCUAAGCACCCACACCCCUGAAAGUAUGCUGUUUACAUUCUUAUACCCCUGCUUUUACACCUAACAAGGUGUGAGUGCUUUACAGGCAUUCAGCAUAAAGGGGACUUUAACACCUGCGUCUUAUCCCAUUAGGGGACAGGUUUCCAUUGCAUGGGACGUGAAUGUUUCUUCCCAGUGUUUCUUAGGUGAAAUACCAUUGCUUCAAUCUUUGAGGGCAUUCUGGAGUACUUUUCUGGGUUCCGUUUGUGGAAGUGGAAACCUGCUCACUUUGAAUGCUUGCAUCUUACAGGUGUUUAUGUGCCACGAGGUGUGCUGUACUUUUAUGGUCUUCGCACAGGCACCAAGAACCAGUAUCCUCUUAGCAAUAUUUCCUCCUCUGCAAGGCAGAUUUAGCGGCACAAGUCUUCCCUUGACAUAGCUUUACCUGCUGCUAAGUUAUUGCCUUCCCCCUUACAUAGAGCACUUGCUGGUAUAGAGAAGACGCACCAGCACUCAAAUACUCAGCCAGCACGAUCCCAGGCCAGGGGUGGAGGUUGGGGGCUUUUUUCUGUCUCCCUGGACCCUGCGGCUGACUCUGUGUGACCUUGAGAAAGGCACAGCCUUGCUCUGAGUCUCAGCAUCCCCACCUCCAAAGGCUGCUGUGAGCCUACAAGAGGAUAGAUGCACAGCGUCUGGCGCAGAGCAGAGGCCAAGGAAAUGUUAAGCGUUUGUAUUACGAGGCUUUGCAGGUGAGGAAACUGAGGCUCCAGAGAAGUGACUUGCCUAGGUCACGCAGCUUGUAAAACGCCAGUUACGAGGCCCCUGAUCUUGAGAGUGGUCCCUUCCAGGGCACUGCUCCUGGCUGGUUCUCAAAGCUCACAGGGGCAUAAGGGACUGGGGGCUGGACAGUGGCAGAAUUAACUUUUCCCCAGGCUGUGCCCAGAUCUUCUGAGAAGCAGCUUGUAACUGCAUGGGGGUCAGGGAGGAAAGGAGGCGUCUGGGAGAUGCGGGGCUCUGCAUCUGCUUGCUCUAGACCCCCUGGCCAGUACCCCACCCCAGUGCCGCAGGUGAAGCUAACAACCUCUGAUACCCCAUUCAGAAAAGAACAGAUGAUCAGGUCCCCUGGCCCUGUGGCCUGGGAGGGGCUGGUCCCUGCUCUAGGACAACCAACUCAUCCCACUUUGCCUGGAGCUGACCUAGUUUUAGUACUGGAAGUCCCGUAUCCCAGGAGCCCACUCAGUCCCGGGCAGGCCGGGAUGGUCAGUCACGCUCUGUGUAGACUGUCAGCCCAGACAGUCUGGGUCUUGCCUGCUGCAAAGUCAUGGAUGUUCCCCUCUCCACCCUGACAGGUGGGCGAUUGGCCCGCUGGAAGUUCCUAUCAGAGCCACCCUCGUGCCCCUCUGACUUGGCCAUCAGCAUCCUCCCCAGUUCUUGGAGGACCUUCCAUCUUUGGAGGUUUCCUAUUUUAUAGAUAGAGAACUGGGACCUGGAUGGGGGGAAGUCACCCCAGGGUCACACAGGUCCCUGACUCCUGGUCCGCUCACUCUCCUUGACCGCUGCAUCUUAGGGAUCUUGCCAUCGGCUUCACACCUGUGGGUCUGGUGAUGGGCUGUUGUUCAGGAUGCGCUGGGAUUCGGGGUGGACAUCCGGGGCAGAUCCUAGCAGAGAGACUGUCCCGCCCCCAAAGUGCUUGUGAACCCAGGCUAGAAGAGACGUACCUGGAAUGCUUAUGGUCGGGGAGUGGCCUUCCUCUCCUGGGUAAGGCUUUCAGAGUUUCUCAGCCCCUGCCCCGGAGGGCUGGCUACUCCCCCACCUGCUGGGGAGGAGCGGGAAGCUCUGAGUGUCUCCCUUCCUCUUUGGGGACUUCAGUUUCCCUGUCUGUACAGACUGAGUUUUGGGCCCCUUCCAGCUGUAGCUUCCUAAAGUGAUCAAGGUUCUGUCAUGUGAACAACCCACUGGGGCUCUGAUUUUCAGUUUAAAACAACCUGUGUGCAAGGCAGGAUGUGAACCUCUCUCUGCAUGUGUCCUGAGCCCCACCUUGUACAAAGCCACUGACCAGACCCUGGGAGACAGCCCUUCCUCCUUGGCUUCCUUGAGAGUCUGUGCGUUCUCAGGCCUCCCGGCCAUGGCUCCUGCUCUACGCUCUCCUUGGGCUGCUGCUUUCCCCCUGGGCUGCCCGCCCAGCCCACCCCUACUUGUCAUCUCAAGGGCCACUUCUCCUUGGAAGAGUCUCCUGACAAUUCCCGCCCGACCCAGGGUGGGUUAGGGGCCCCUCCCUGGCUCACCCCGGGGUGACGUGACCACACUGUGUCCUAACGGUCUGUUUACCUGUUUACUUGCUGGCUUCCCCACCAUCCUCCUUUGCAUCUGGUCACUCCCUCCCUUCCAGGAUGGGUGCCCUCUCACCUCCACACUCCAUCCCCGUGGAGUAGUGCUGUGGCAUUUCUCAGCUUGGGCCGACCCCUCCCCCACCAACUACCCCUCCCCCGCAAGUUUCCAUGUGGUUCUAGGUGUUUUCAUGGUUACAGGAACCCAAGAGUGGCCUCGGGCUCAGCAGGGCCCUUUCUCCUACUACACACCCAAGCUUGAUCAACUCCCCAAAGCUGCAACAAACAAGGAGGUGUGGGCCGUCACGUGGCCUUGAGUAACCACACUUUUGCUUCCUUCUUUUACACACGGCCGUUGGGGGUUGGAGCGGUCUGAGACCACAGCAGAGGUGCCACAGCCGUGCUUGGCAGCACAGGCUGGGUCCUUGUUACUAAAGCAGAGAAGCCGCUUCUCCUGGGCCCACGAGGCAGCCAUCUCAUGCUCUGCUGAGCACGCUAAGACACAGAGGGGCUGGUGGAGAAGCAAGCGCGCUGAUCCCCAACAUGCUGUUGGAUCCCAGAUGAUGAGAGAGGCUCCCCAUGGGGCAGGACCUGGUGAAGGCAGACCUAGAACCUGGGUCUCUCUGUCUCCGGUCUGGGGCUGCUCUGGCCCCAAAGGAGGAACACAGAAUGGGACCGCGACUUAGUCUGGGGCCUCUGGGCCACCCGUGCUGGAAGCAGGCCCUGUUCAGGGACCUCGGAACCUCCCUGACCUCAUCCCCUUCAGAAGGGGAGGCAGGAUCCCAGCUCUCUGGGCCGUGGGUGCUCCACAGGACGGCCCUGUCUGUGUGUCUGUCAUCCUCAGACUGCCCUGGGGACCAGCGGUCAGGGAGGAAAUGCCCCAUCUGGUGUUCCCGGGGCGUGGAGGGGACGCCCACGGGUGUGAGCAAGGGGGGACUGUGUGUGUGGCCGAGCUUGGCCCCGCCCCUGCCCCUGUCCCCACCCCAAACCCACUUAAUGAAAUCAAGCUGGCCCUGCCGAGGGGAGGAAGGGAGGCGGGAGGAGGCGGGAGGAAAGGGGCGGGGCGGCGGCAGCCCAGAGCCGCGGCCACAGGGCACUGCCACGGACUUGCUCUGCUCCACCUGGCGGGACACCCUGUGUGCAGAGGAACUGGCUCCAGGCAGCAUGGUUUCCGCGGCGGCCCCCAGCCUCACGGCGUCUCUGCUGCUCCUCCUGCGGGUCCUGCCCACGGCGUCCUAUUCCGUGUCCCUGCGGGCCACCUUCCUGGAGGACACGGCGGGCAGCGGGGAGGCCGAGGGCGCGUCGGCCUCCUCCCCGAGCCUCCCUCCGCCCCGGACCCCAGCCCUCAGCCUCACCUCGGUGGGGCCCCAGCUCACGCCCCUGGCGGGCCCCAAGCCCCCCACCAACUUCCUGGACGGCAUCGUGGAUUUCUUCCGCCAGUACGUGAUGCUCAUCGCCGUGGUGGGCUCCCUGGUGUUCCUACUGCUGUUCACCAUCUGUGCCGCUCUUAUCACCCGCCGGAAACACAAAGCCUCUGCCUACUACCCCUCAUCUUUCCCUAAGAAGAAGUACGUGGACCAGAGUGACCGGGCCGGGGGCCCCCGGGCCUUCAGCGAGGUCCCCGACCGUGCCCCUGACGGCCGGCCCGACGAGGCCCGGGAUUCCUCCCAGCAGCUCCAGGCUGACAUCCUCGCCGCCACCCAGAACCUCAAGUCUCCCGCCAGGGUCGCCCCGGGCAUGGGAGACGGGGCCAAGAUGAUGGAGGGCAAGUCGGAGGAAGAGGAGAAGGGCAGCCGGGAGGCGGACCAGGAAGCCCAGGGACACGGGGUCCCGGCAGAGAAAGCAGAGGCGCCGCCAGAGGAGCCCUGCUCGGCGCAGGCGGAUGGGGCUCUGGCAGCUGCUGAAGGUCAAGGGGAGCCAGAAGCAGCUCCCUCAUUAGCCCUCGGAGCUGGGGGCCCAGCUGGUUCCCUCGAAAACCCCUGUGCUUGCGGCAGUGUCCCCCCCAGCAUCUAACAGGCCUCUAGGGCUGCCGGCCCUGAUUGUCGGACCCCUGGUGGUCACCUCCUUGGGCACAGAAAGGUCCUCGGCCCUUACCGUGCUCUGACACCCCCUACUCGGCCACUCCCCGCGGCAAAUCCCGGCACGUCUGAUCCUCCUGCAGCAGGCAGAGAUGCUGGUCUCUGUUCCACCCUCAGGAAUCUCAUCCACUUCGAGAACAUUUGUCCCCGCAGCCCCAAGGCCUACAUCCCAAAGUACAGCUCCUCUGGGGAGACGGAGCUGAGGAUGUGUCCCUGUCACAGCCACGUCCGCUGGGAAACAUAUGUCUCAGGUCCCUUGUGACAAUGCAAACGUCGCCGCUUUCCAUCGAGGUAGGAAAGAGAAACAGGAUAACUAGGAGGUUUGGAAGAGGUUGAACAGAUGGGAGAUGCAGAGGUGCCUGGGGUUGAAGCAGGGAGAGGUGCCGCAGAAGAUCAGUCAGGAGGCUUCCGUGAGGGGUCCUGCACCGAUCACGACAGGUUCCUAAGUGAGCAUUUCCCAAACUGGGUUCCCUGGAAGAAAGAUUUUGAGGUCCAGUGAAUGAAUUGAGGAAACAUUGCUUCUCUGCUCUGCGUACCCCCCUUGGAGCCCCCCAAGGCUCUGACAAGUCCCGCAGUAAAGGUGCCCAUGGAAUCUGAUUUCGCUUAGCCUUUCCCAAAAAGCUUUUGGCCGCGGAGUACUUUUGUUUUUGUUUUACAGCUACAGAGUAAAAUCCUGAAGAGAACACUCUGGAAGUUACAGCUCCAGGUGUGCUCCAGGGCGCCCCCUCCCCAGUUCCUGGUGGGUCCGGGGUGAAGGCUGUGGAGGUGGAGGCUCGGCCUCUCAGGGGCUGCCUCUCAUCCUGCUACUGCUGUGGGCAUGGGGCAAAUGAAUUGAACUUUCUUGCCAGGGCCCCAGAGCAACCUAGAAGUGGUGGGGGGCAGGGCUGUGUGUGAGGGGACCCCACUCUGGGGGAAUCUGAGGGGAUCAGGGAGGGUUUCCAACAGGCUGGAGCAGGGGAACCCUGACCCCCUGCCCUUCACACACACACACGCACACACACACACACACACACACACACACACACACACACACACACACAUCUGGCAGCCUGUGCCCAUAGCGUUCUUUAGUUUUCGACAAGGGAGCCUGAGCUCCGUCCUGAUUUGGGGAGGCUCUGGGCGGGGGGGUUCCUCUUCCCCAUCCCUCCGUCCCCCCUCCCCCCAACCUCUGCACAACUCUCCAGGUGCUAGGAUAUAACAAACUAGCACAAUAAACCUUUAU